AUGGGCAUUUGUGGAUCCUGCCUCCGGCUGCUGCUUGAUGCCGAAUCUGACGUGAAAAUUCAUGUCAUCGAACCGACUUCCAUUGGGGUCGAGCACUCAGUGGCUGUCCAUAAUUGCUCUGUGCAACAACCUGGACGAACAGCACCAACGUUACAGGUGCCAGAAACGCAUUCUGCAAACCGAAGUGAAAUGCGAUGA